AUGAUGAUUGCCAGAAACCUAUUGAAGGGCAUACACAAGCCUGUAAACAGAAGGGUUUGUAUACCAAAAAUUGGUUCGUUAACUUCGGCCAAAUUCUAUUCCACUCAAUCUACGGUUCAACAAUUUCCAGAAUUGCAAGAAGCUGAUUUUACGCCCGAAGGUGAGCCAGAUUAUAUUAAGUUGAUAUUGACAUCUCGGGUUUACGAUGUCGUCGAUGAAGGUGGAUCUCCUCUCACUCAUGCUGUUAACUUAUCACAGAAAUGCAAUACCAAUAUAUUCUUAAAGCGUGAAGAUUUAUUACCGGUAUUUUCAUUCAAGUUACGUGGAGCAUAUAAUAUGAUUGCACAUUUACAUUCUAAUUCAAAGUCACCAGUAUCAGGGGUAAUUGCAUGUUCUGCUGGUAAUCAUGCACAAGGUGUUGCUUUCUCUGCUAGUAAAUUAAAGAUUCAAUCUACUAUAGUCAUGCCAACAGCUACUCCUUCUAUCAAAUAUAAAAAUGUUUCUAGAUUAGGAUCACAAGUUGUUUUAUACGGAGACGAUUUUGAUAGCGCGAAGAAAGAAUGUGAUCGGUUGAGUUCAUUGAACGGAUUGACCAAUAUCCCUCCUUUUAACCACCCAUAUGUCAUCGCAGGUCAAGGUACUAUAGCCCUAGAAAUCACCAGACAAUUGAGGUUAGACAAACUUGAUGCCUUAUUUGUUCCAGUAGGUGGAGGUGGAUUGAUAGCUGGGAUUGCUGUUUAUUUAAAAAAGAUUGCUCCCCAUGUCAAGAUUAUUGGUGUCGAGACUUUUGAUGCAGAUGCAUUGUAUCAGUCAUUGCAAAACCAUCAACUGAAGACAUUGGAUCAGGUUGGAGUUUUUGCUGACGGUACUGCUGUCAAGGUUCUUGGUGAUGAAACUUGGAAGCUUUGCCAUAAAUAUGUUGAUGAAGUAGUUAGGGUUCUGACCGAUGAAUUAUGUGCAGCAAUUAAAGAUAUUUUUGAAGAUACCAGACUGAUUGUUGAACCAUCUGGAGCGUUAUCUGUUGCUGGGUUGAAGAGAUAUCUUAGUGAUAAUUCUGAAAUUGAUCAUAGGAAUAAGAAUUACGUUCCAAUUUUAAGUGGAGCCAAUAUGAAUUUCGAUAGAUUAAGAUUUGUAAGUGAAAGAGCUGUACUCGGUGAAGGUAAGGAAGUAUCAUUAGCUGUCACCAUUCCUGAGAGACCUGGUGAGUUUGCUAUAUUACAGAAUAUAAUCGACCCAAGAGCUAUUACAGAAUUUUCCUAUAGAUUUAACAAUAGUGGUCCUGCAAAUAUUUUUGUUAGUUUCAAUGUUACCAAUAAGGACAAAGAAUUAGCUCCUAUUGUUGAAUCUAUGAAGAGUAAUGAUUAUGAAGUUAUUGAUAUCUCAGAGAAUGAGUUGGCGAAGACUCAUGGUCGUUAUUUAGUCGGCGGAAAAUCUACAACGGCUAACUGCAAUAAGAUUUCUAAAGAAAGGUUAUUCAGAUUCGAAUUUCCUGAAAGACCAGGUGCUUUAACAAAAUUUUUACAAACCUUGAAGUAUGAUUGGGAUAUAACCUUGUUUCACUAUAGAAAUCAUGGCCAUGAUGUUGGGAAGAUUUUGUGUGGUUUUGUACUUCCAGAAGGCACAAGCGAUGAGGACUUCCAGGAUUUCUUGAAAAAAAUUGGUUAUAAUUUUGUUGAUGAAACAGACAAUGUCGUAUAUAAAAAAUUCUUACAAAGCUAG